CCACCGUCGUGUUCCAUCCUUGAGCCGAACAGCUGAACGCGGUACGCCCGGCCUAAACCCGUUCGGUCCGCGAUUUACGCCGCCGCAAACACUGGUGGAUCAUUAUCGUUAUUGCAUCGCACCUGUACCUGCCCAUAUAUCGUUACAACCGCCGCGCAGGUUAGUGAUGACGAUAACAAUAUCGUACAUAUUUAUCAGCACGCGCACCGGUAGAAUACAUUGCGACGCUCGGAUUCGCGGCGCGCGCCGUGUUCGCGUCUCUAUAACAACGCACACGUAUAAUGUGGCCGCGGUCUUUUCGUCGGCAAUACGCGCGCGCUCUCGCGAGUACACCUACCUGUUUCUUUCGUUUUCCUUCCUUCUAUUUUUCGUCUUGUCGUGUAGGCACCUAACCGACACACGGCGCGUACCGACGCGCGACCGUCAAUCUCACCGCACAGCCGUACAGGUGCCUACCUAACGUCCCGCCUAUAUUAUUGGCGAAUUGGCAAUCUCUCGCCGCGUACUUCACUGCACGCACAAUACGAAUACGCGUACAGGCACCACAGCACAAACGCGUGUAAUAGUCAUUUCGGUUAAUAUUACAAAAAAAAUACAUGCAUGUAUAUGUUUUUUUUUUUUUUUUUACUACACCAACAAAUGAUUUGACGUGACGAAAUAAAUACGUAGUAGAAAAAAAAAAAAAAUAAAUAAUAAUAAUAAUAGUAUAUAUUUAUAUAUGCGCAAAGAAACGGUGCCGCACCUCUCUGGCCGUUCGCUUCCAAGGUCCUUCUGGCCGUCGUCGUUGCCGUCCUGUUGCAGAACACUCGGUCGGAACUUUAUUUACGUUCAUUCAUCGCGGAUUAAUUACACCAGAAUGUAAGUAAAAAACCUCUGCUCGCGGUAUCCGUGAUUUUUUUUUUUUUUUUUUUCAUUACAAUAAACACCUGUAUUAUAUAACUAUAUUGUACGAUAAUAUUUACCUGGUUUUUCCUCUUCGACACUUAAUUUUAUUUUCGAUAUUUAUUAAACACAAAUAAUAAAACGCGGGCGAAGGAAAAAAAAAACGACUCGGUAUUUAUCGUAUACUUAAACUAUACCAAUAAUAUGUAUUAUAUUUUAUUAGAUGUUUACACACGUACCCGUUACCGAUAUAAUACGUAUGUAUAUACGCACAAUAAUAUACAAUCGUGUCGUUAGUCGAGUGUGGUUUAUCGUUUUCAAAAAAUUUUUUUUUUUUUUUGCUUUCCCUCCGGUUUUAUCGUGCGUAUUUAAAGCGAGCGCGCAAUCGUUUCGAUACACCGGCUUCACGCCGUAAAAAUCACGCGGGGUUUCCUAUAAUAUAACCACAGUAGAUGUUUUUACGGAUUUGUAUAAAUAUUUUUUUUUUUUUUUUUAACUAUAAUAUAUUGCCCAUUGUAAUAUUGUUGUUUUAUACUUCGGUACGGUGCGUUUCGUUUCUAUUCGAUGGCGUCAGAUUUCGUGAAAUAUUUAAUAAUAUAAAAUAGGAGUAGCACGUGGAAAUAAUAAUUAUUAUACUAUACGGCAAAAAAUCGCAAGCCGAGAUUUUUAUUUGUUUAAUUUUGUAAAUUUUGCUAAAUUUUUAAGUCUGCCGCAAUUUUUCACUUCUACGGUAAAAUUUUUUAAAAUCGACUUGCUUGUUUUUGUCGGGUAAAUACUGUACCUAUAUAUAUAUGUAUAUAGGUAUAUACCGAUAACCGGUUGACAAAAAUGAUCAAAAGUCAAUAAUAUCUUCGUUGUACAAUCCGCGAAGUUUAUUUUCAUAAUUAUUAUUGUUAUAUACCUAUUUAAUGCAUAUUAUAUUUAUAUUACCUAUAUAUUAUAAAAUUAAAUUAAUUAUGUGUACUUAAUUGUAAUUUGUUUUGUAUUAUAUGUUACAGUUUAGUGAAAUGAACCCUGACGAUCGUGAAUCCGAAAUGUAAGUAGACUGUAUUUAUAAUAUUAUUACGUAUAUUAUUACUUUUAAUUUAUAUAUUUUUUUAUGUGACAUUUAAAAUGUACACUGUAUCAGUGGCGUACGCAGGGUUUUUCAAUGGGGGGCCCGGGCUUGUAAGUUGAUAGUUAAUCAAUUAUUUUGUCACAAGUUUGAAAAAUAAAGUAGGUGCGUUCUCAGUUCUGAGUGAUAAACAUAAAUAUAGGUACACAAAAAAAUUUUAAAAAAAGAACGGAUAUACUUCGCACGUAGCCACUGUUGUAGGUGGGAAAUUGGGAAGGUAGAAUUUAAAUCGGAAUUUAAUGUAUAACUGUAAGCAAAGAUAAACCAUUGCUACCUAAAAAAUGAUUCUGAACGAAGUUCAUUUGAUAGUGUUGUUUUGUCAACAAUACAUAUGUCAUAUUAAUUAUAUGUUAAAAUUAUUACAACAAUGUGCGUUUCUGUGACAACAAUGAUUAUUAAAAAAAAUUAAAUUGAUAAAAACAUAAUAAAAUAACAAAAAAAAGAUAUAAAAACGAUUGCUAAUGACAACCUUAUUUUUAAUCUUUCAAUCUUGUCUAACCUAAAGAACCAGGCUUUCCUCAUUAUCUCGAAUAUUAAUGAGAACUUCAAAAAGUGACCUCUUUAAAGUACCACCCAAAAAACAUUUCCUUUCAGAAAAAGUUGUGUUCACAUGAAAAUAAUAAACAUCUUUGGUAAACCAAUAUAUUCUUCACUAAACUCAGAAUCUAAAAAGUAAUAUUUAGGUAACUGAAAAUUUUGGCAGUAAAAUACAAUUUUUAAGCUAUUAGAGGAUUAAAAAAGCCAGAGUCAACCAAAACUAGAAUUUUAUAAAUUGUGGAUUGCAUACUUACCUACCGGUUUUUUUUCUUCAAACUAAAAGUCGAAAAAAAUUCGAUCUUUUUUCUACCACAAUGAAUAAUUAAAUAGUUAUUUUAGUGUAGAAAACUAUGACAUAUACGUUUUAUACAAAAAUAAUGACGAAAACUCUAUACAAAAUAUUAUUACUGUGAUACUCAAGAGAAAUAAGUGAAAACAAAAUUGUUUGCAUACCUACCUAAUUGUUUUUUACAAAUUAAAGGUUAUAUUAGUAUUGUCUACAACAUCCGUGGGUUAACUUAACGAUGCGUUAAUUGUUGUUAACAUCAGUUCAGUAAGUUCAAUAUUGCAAUUUGUAAUCAUAGAUAUUAUCUAAGGUUGUGUGGAAGCCCGCGUAUGCCCGGUGUGACCACAGUUAAAAUAAAUAAUAAAAAAUUGUUAUCUUAUAAAUCUAAUAAUAUCUUAUUUUGCGAUAAUAUAGUAGUAUAGUAAGGUUAAUAGACAGCGGUCUUAAAUUAAAUUAUUUACUUACGAAAAUGGCGUAUUUUAUGAAAAAAAGUCCUUAUUUACUAUUUAUUGUUACGGUUGAAAAUCGAAAAAUCUAAACAAAUAUGCAUGUAUAUAUAUAUAUAUAUAUAUAUAAAUAAAUUCGGUCAAUGAGAGGGGGCUUGAGCUCUUUAUCCCCCCUGCGUUCGCCACUGCAUUGUGUAUUAAUUAUAUGCGGUAAAAUCAAAACAUAAAUUAUUACAUAUAAUAAUAUGUGCGGUUCUUUUUUUGUACAAAGCAAAUAAUUCUUCUGAUUGGUCUGAUAAUUGAUCUGAAUGAUAUAAAUGUACGUAUAUUCUAAUACCUAUGCGUGUUAAAAUGUAAUUUUAUAAUUGAUCACAUGCGAUUUCGAACAUUUGAUUUGCUCGUAUCAUACACAAUUAACUGAAGCCCUUUUUCCCCGGGACCAAAUAAUUAAUAAACAUAAUAAAUAUUAAUAGGUUUAUACGACGCUUUCAGUUUUUUUUUUUUUUUUUUCGUGCAUAAUGUGUAGUAAAAUAUUAUACUUUCGUUUUGUAAAAGUUAUUAUUAUUUUAGAUUCUUAUCGGGUCGAGGAAUUUAUUUUAAUAUAUAAUAUGUAUACAUUACAAAAUGUAAUAUAAUAUACACUUAAUACUACUAUAUCUACUACUAUAAUAUAUAGGUACUAAGUUUCGUAAAUUUAUUUUAUUGAGUGUGUAUUUUAUUUUAGCUAAACCGUAUGUAUAUUAUAUAAAUUGGAAAUCAUUUAAUUUACACAAUUUAUAUAUAUAUAUAUAUAUAUAUUUAUUAAAAAUACACAACUAAUUUAACUAGUUUUUAAAAAAAUUAUCAAAUAGCUACUUUCAUAUUUAUUUAUUUAUACUUCUCUACGGUGAAACUCUAUAAAAGUCUACGGUUAACUGCGGUAUUCGAUUUAUGUUCGUUUAAAAAAUAAUUUACACGAUACGAGUUGUCGUAGUUUAUAUUGUUAAUUGGAUUUAAAUUAUAGCUAAUAUAAGGUAUAUGAUUUGUUCCUGAUUUAUUUUAUUUAUUAAACUAUUUUUCCCCUUUAAUUUCUCGAUUUUUUUUUUCCUAAUUUCAUUAAUUUUUAAACAAAACAAAUCUUUUUAUUAAUAUUGAUACGGUUAUCUACAAAUAUAUCAUUGAAAGUGAAAAUAUAAAAAGUAAAAUUGUUCUUAUUGUUAAUUUUGUUUAUUUUACAGUAGGUAUCUAUAGUUUUUUUUUUUUUUCUGAAAAUGUAAUCCGACUAAUUCGUUUAGCUGGAAACAAAAAUACAUUAAUAUAAACAUAAAGCAUUCGCGAACAAAUGUCAAUUCUGCAUUAAAUAUUUAAAAUAUGCAAAAAAGAAACAAUAGAAAUCGGUGUCGUGUUAUAAUAUUACGCCUGAUAUAAAUUUUGCGCAUUUUUCAUCUUUUUUUUCGUAAUAUCUCAUAAUAUAACAAAGAAAAUCUUUUUGAUUGAAUAAACGGCCGGGAUAUUUUUAAUUUCACGUUUUGUUGAUUAAAGUUAGAUUCUUGGGUGAUUUUAAAGUGUCUGUAAAGAAGAAAAAAACAUUUGUAAUUCGAAGGUAUUCGUUAUAAUAUACGCAAUAGUUACAAAACUCCUAUAGACUUAUUUGUAACUUCACGGCGAUGUUUUCUAAGCAGAAGGUUAUAUUUUAGCAUUUAUAAAAUAUUUCAUUAUAUAGUUUUUAUAUAGGUAUACGUACGUUGUAGUAUUAUAUUAAUACUAAUAAUUUCAUAACCGCCCACAAUACUUUGGCAGUAUAGUAUGGUAAAAAAUAAGUAACGUGUAGUAGGUAUGGUAUACAAUAUUAUAUUCAUAUAAUAUGCAAAAUAUGAAGUAUAAUAUUGAAAUCGUUAAACAAAAACCGGUUUAAAAAUAAAAAAAAAAAAAUAAUAAUAAUUGUUGUGCCGCGCACGACGAUUUAUGUUAAACGAUUUACGCGCGAUAAAUCAAUACCGCCACAAAGGAGAUUUUAAAUUACACGAAUAUCCAGAUCAUGAAAUAAUAAUUAGAAUUUUCCUUUCUCGCGUACUUAUGCAGAUUUAGAUAUAUAGUUUGAUAUUUUAUUAGUAUUUGAGUUUUUUUUUAAUUUUAUUUUUUACGCACAGUGAAAAAAAACACGCUUCUUGAUAUAUAAUAAUGAUAAUGUGAUUGUAUAAUAAUAUAUAAGGAGUUUAUAAUUUAUUAAGCGCGCAAAACAUAUUUGUAUUCGGAUGUUAUUCUCGCGGUUAUUGUGUAAAUAAUAUUGAACGUAUUAGUUCAAGUUUGUGAAAUAGGCAUGUAUAAUUACGAUUAUGGUAUUUACUCGGGAAAAUAUAAUUAUUUAAAUACAGAGUGAUCAUAAAAAUACGAGAUUUUUAAUGAAACAAAUGAAACGUGAUGUAUAGCAAAGUAAAUAUAAUGUGUAAUAAGUAAACCUAACUGUAAAUAUAACUUAAAUAACAAAAAAGACGCGCUGUAUAAAAGUUUUCUAAAUAUAAAUAAAAUAUUUAUACACGGACAAUUUUAUUUUAAAAAAUGACGGUUGGCCAAUUUUCUUUCUGCUGUUUUUAUGUAUUUUUGUGCUUAUAACCGAGCAAUUUAUUAUUUUUUACUAAAACAUUGUAACUCAUUUCAAGAAUAGUUUUUGAAGAAUUUAAAACUUUUGCUUGCCUUCUGAUAACCAAAAAUAUACCAAACAACACCAUCGAAAAAAUAUCCUCCAAUGAUAUAUCUACAUCAAUAAAAAAUAAAAAUAUCUUGUCAUGGCAACACUAUGCUGGGAAUCCAUAACACCUACCAAUAAACUUAAAUCCAUCAAAAGUUUAGUAAAAUAAUGGUAUAAUAUACGAUGUACCUCCAGACCUCAGCCAACGUCAAAAUAUUGCUAUCACCAGAAUAAAAAUUUGACACACAUUUGCCACACAUUCAAUUUUAAUAAGCAAAGAUAAUAUGCAUCCACCAAUAUGCAAAACAUGUCUAACACGCAUCGUUAUAAAACACAUAUUAAAUGAAUGCCCCAUAUACGAACCACCUUGCACAAUUCUGAGUCUCCCGAGCAACAUUAAUGCAAUUUAUAAUGAAGACCUGCAUACUUUAAAAAUUAUCAAGUUUAUUUCAAAAUGCAACCUAACUAGUCAACUUUAGCUUUAUCAUUAUAUAUUUUAAACACAUAAUAACCAUUUAUUGUAAAUAUUAACAAUUUUUAUAUUAAAUGCCUGGAAAAAAAUUUUGGUAAGUAACUUCAGAUGUUGAAACAGGUAAAUUCUUAAAUAAAAAAAAUAAAAUUGAUUUUAAUAUGCGUAUUUAUUGUUUAUUAAUUUAUUAAAUACCGUAUAUAACAAAAUAUACUCGCAAAAAUGGUCUAUAAAAUAACCCAAAAAUACAAUUUUAAACUUGAGAUUUAAAUCAAUAAUAUCACAAUAACAUUAAAAAUAUUUCAAAAAUUAUAUAUUACCAGUAGAGAAAAAAUCGGGAUCAAUACGAGACAGACUUGAAAAGACGGGACAAAUUGCGUUGUGUAUAACUUUAGCCGUGACAUCUGAACACAAAGUUGAAAUACAGAACAAUCUAAAUUCUAAGGAAUUAUUCACGGGAUAGUAAUAAUACAAGACGUAUAUCAACAGGUUUUAAUUUAGAAAUAUUCUCGUCCUUACUCCUUAGGCUUUAUACAAAUUUUAUCAGAAUAUAGAUUUUUUAUAUAUAUGGUGGUUUGGUGUAAAAAAGGCGAAUUUAAAAAAAAAAUGUGAUGGAUUUUAUGUUCAAUUUUUAAAAAUUUAUUUAUUUUUCUUAAAUUUAUAUUUUUGAGAAUGACACUCAUUAACUCUGAAAGUAUUAACUUUUUUUAUAAUUUGAUUUUUAGAUUAUUUAAGAAAAAAGUAGCUCUAAAAUGUCACAUAAUUUGUUUUUGGUGCCCUUAUUUUAAAGGGUUAAACCAUUAACUACUUUUGAUUAUCAAAUGGCAACUUAUAUUGAAAAUGUCACGAAUAGAUGGAUUAUUAGUCUAAAUCAAUGUUGGUGUUGUAAUUUUUUAUUUCCGUCAAUCCGUUGAUAAGAUAUUACACUUUUAAGAAUCGGAGAGGGGGGAGUAGUGGUGUAUCAUUUGCGUAGUGGCAUGGUACGUGGCGUUGUAAUAUUAUUCCGCCAGUCUCACCUACCAAAACUUAAAGUGUAAUAUCUCAUCAAUGGAUUGAUGGAAAUCAAUAAUUUCAACACCAAGAUGAAUUCAAACUAAUACUUCAUCUAUUUAUGCAAUUAACAUAGGUUGCUAUUUGAAAAUCAAAAGUACCUAAGUAGUGGUUUUACCCUUUAAAAUAAAGGUAAUCAAAAUAACCUAAUGAAAUAUUUCAGAGCUACUUAUUUCUUAAAUAUUUAAAAAAAAACAGAUUUCGAAAAAAAUUAAUACUUUCCGAGGGUAUUAUACAUUAUUUUGGUCACCCUGUAUAUAUACAUAUGUACAUGAAUUAAAUAUUAUUAUUAUUUGACAUAAAAUAUAUAACAGUAUACAUUGUAUAUAAGUUAAUAAUUGGAUUAUUUUAUAACCGAUAUGUUCGAACGUUUAAAUAGAUAUACCUAUAAUACUACUUAAGUAGUAUUAUACUAUUGUUUAUUAUCAACACUAAUACACUUUGCUAUUAAGUCUAUGGCAUUUCGGAUUUAAAAAAAUGUAAUAUAUUCGUAAUUUAUUAAAUUGUACAAAUUAGUUAGGUGUUCAUCGAUAUAUAAUAUCGAUAUUAUUGAUUUUAAAAUGAAAAUUUCGAAUGUGUGAACUAAUUAGUAAUUGUAGGCUUGACUAACUUGUAGUAUCAUAUUUUAAGUACUUAAACAGCUUAUUGUUUAUGUAUAUUUUUAAGCAAUUUGAUAUAUUUUAUCUGUAAUUCACAAUAUUAUUCAUAUCAUGCAGCCAUAUUAUAAUGAUAGUAAAAAUAAUAAUAAUAACGGUAAGGUUAAAAUAUCCUAUUUUGCCUCUGUAGAUAUUUUACUACAAAAGUGGCAUAGUACAAGUAAAUACAGAAACAAUCAAAUUUUAUGUUGUACAGAGAAUUUUUCUAAGAAAAAGUUAUUUUUUCAAACGAUUACUUACGUAUAACCUAAGAAAACGUUUUGAAAUCAUAUAUUUUAAAGGAAUUUGAUGUUUAUUAUAAUUUUAUUAUUCUAGGGGGAAAAUUGAAAGGUUGGCUCAAUAUAUUCAAGUAUAUAUUCAUAUAUUUUUAACAACUAUUUUUUUUUUUUUUAUAACUGGAACGUCAUACUUUUAAGUUUUUUCAAACUUUGGUUUAUUUUGUGAGAUGCUUUGUGUUUUAAAAGCUAUUAUUUUAGAUUCUGAGUGGAGUGAAAAAGCUUAUAAUUUUACAAAGAUGUUAUUCUUUUUUUUUUAUCUGUGCGCAACUUUUCUAUUAGAAGAUUUGCUUGGAUUACUACGUGUAGUACCUUUUAUGAAAGAAAAUCGGCGUGGGGAGGUACUAUAAGAAGGUCGCUUUUCCAUUUUCCCAGGAAUUUUUUCAACAAAUGUAAAAAACCUGAAUAAAAAACGGGAAAACCGAUAAAAACGUAGGAAAACUAUUAGCAGCCACUGUUAUAAAUAAUUUAAUAUAUAUCUGUAAGUAACGAUAAACCAUUGUUAACGAAAAACCGAUUCUGAGUGGAGUUCAGUUGAUAGUGAUGCUUUGUCAACAAUACAUAAUAUGUCACAUUAAAAUAAUUAAGUAAGGCAUUAAAUAUUUUCUUUAAUAAUAUUUGUUUAAUAUACCGAUUUCCUGUUUUUCCUACAUUUGUUGAGAAAACUCCUUGUUUGUUGAAAAAAUAGAAGUAUGACCUCUAAAGUAUCUCUCCACAUCGAUUUAUUUUCAGAAAAAGUACUGCACUUAAAAAUCGGUGCAAGAUCUCUACAAUUUACAUAUUGAUACAUCAGAUAGAGCUAUUCAAAUAAUAAAUGAUAAGUAAAUUACGUUCUUUAAUUAUAACAUUUUCUUGGUACAACGUUAUUUAGUAUUAAAUUAAAUUUGCUAUUAUGGUUGAAAAAAAUAUUGGUCUCGAGAAUAACUCGGAAGAUAACCGAUUACUUCUGUUUUUUUUUUUUUGACAAAAUUUUUUUUCAAAUAAACCACGAAGUUUUAAUAUUGCUCGAUGGUGAUGUCUACCAAACUAUGGGACGGUUAAUUAUAUUUUCUUAUAUAUAUUUUUUCAUAAAUAACUAUUUUUAUCUAUAAGAAAAUUUGUGAAAAUGUGAAAAGAUAAUUCAAAAUAAUACCUUUGAUGAUAAUUGUUUUGUUCUUGUGAUUAUAAAUCCUAACAAAAACCCUCCAUUAAGUACGUUUAAAAACCUCGGCAAGAAAAAAUAAACGUUAGCAAUUUAUGAUAUCAAAAAGGGGCUAAGUAAUUUAUUAGUAUAGAAAUUGUCUAUAGUUUUUUAUUUUUAAUGAAGUGCGAUAAUUUAAAACAAAUAAUUUAACUUAAAUUAACGGCUGCUAAUUUUUUAUUACUAGGUACUGAUUUUCUGCCAGAAUUUCUAAUCUCUAAGAAUAUUUUUAACCGAAUUAAAAUAAAAAACAAAAUUGAGAGUAAUAAAACAAUUAUUUUCGUAAAUUUUCCUGUUCUUUCCACGUUUUUUUUCGCUAAAUUAGAUAAUAAAAACUACACGAAAAACCAAAAAUAAUUCUUACUCACCAACUAGAUUACUCUAACUCAACAAGAAAGAUCUUUUAUUCAUUUUUUUAUUAGAGAAAUAUUUUUAGUAGGAAACAUAGUGUGUAAAAAUUGAAAAUAAUGAAAUUGUACACUGUAUAUAUUUGUUCGUUUUUAUUCUUAGUCUUUUUCCCAAUAAUUAUGAAAACUAUUUGGAAAGCUAAAAAACGACUUUGUUCGUGAACAUCUUCAAAAAUACAACAAAAAAAGGCCUUUUGUCGGUUUUUUAUCGGAGCAAUAUUUCUAGUAGAAAACAUAGUUUGCAAAAAUUAAAAACAAUGGUAUCCUUAACACUACGGCAUGUAGUAAAUCUUGUAUUUGCCGUUUUACCUAUAAUAUUCUUUUUGGGUUUUCCCGAUUAUUAUGAAAACCCCUUGGAAAAUCAAAAAAUAACCUCUUUAAUACACCGACUAGAUAAAAUUUUCUUUCGGAAAAGGUUCUACACUGAAUACAUCAGGGCAUGAUUUUGGUAAAAAAGUUGUUUACAAACAGGAAAAAAAAACACACACAUCAUAAUAAAACCAAUGGGUCUCUUGCUCCUUGCUUAUAUAUGCUCCGAAUUUAAAAUAAUGAAACUGUGAAUAUUCCCGUUUUUGCUACAUUUUUUCUUUAUAGGUUUUCUCUAAUUAUUAAGAAAACUAUAUUUAAAAUUAAAAAUGACCUUCACAUUGCACCAACUAGAUCAACUAUAUGAAAGCUCGUUUUUUGAUUAGAGUUAAAGUUCUCGUAGUAAAAUUGUUUACAAAAAGAAAAAAAAAACUGUACAGAAUCAAUACAUUCCGAUUCCUCAUUACACUCAAAAUCUAAAAUUAAAAAAAAAUUUAUCCGUUUUAAUACGUAUAGAUAUAAAUACUGAAGCCUAUAGAUACCUUAUGUAAUAUUCACUGCUUACAUAAUAUUAUAAUAUUUAACUUUAUUUUAUGUAAAUAUAUUCCAUAGGUAUUGGUACAUAAAAGAUAUGCCAAGGUACUAUUAACCUUCCUAAAUAUAAAAGUGAGAUAAAAAUUCGAAUUAGGUUAUAAUAAUAUAUAGUAGGCAAUUUUCGAAUAGCUACUACAAUUAUUUAAGAUUUUAUUUAUUACAACAUUUGUCUAAAAACCAGAUUCCAACUUUAGACGUAUAAAUGUACAAUUGGUAAAAGUCCUAUUAAUCCGGUUCCAUGCCCAUCCGGUUGGCCGUCCCUGAAUUUAUAUAGGUAUAAUUAUAAUAUAUUGGCGUCCAGGAAAGAAGGAUUUGAAUCAAUUUUGUAUAGUUUUUCAAUGUACGCAAAUUAAUUAAUUUUUAUGUUACUGAGCAAAAAUUGCUCAGUAACACAUUCGGUAAACGGCCCAAGUUUCAUACGGCGUUGUGAACGGCUUAAGACAUAUUAUAAUAGUUUAUAACACGAUUUGAGCGUUUUUUCCAAUCAAAAUGUAUACGUCACGGAUUUACGCAAUGACGUAAGAUAUUUUAAUGUUUUGUUUAACAAGUGUUCGAAUAUCCGUACACUCUUUUAUACCAUUUAGCCCGAACGGAAUAAAGAUUGAGUGGGAGGGGGGGGGGAGAGCUUGAGAAAUUCCGUAUAAAACCGAAUUAUAUGUAAAAUAAUAAUAACGGUAAAAUAAUUAUCGAAAAUUGACUUGAGCCCGUCUUACCCGGGUACCAACGGCCCCGGUAUGGGUGUAACGCCGAAUCGUAUUUUUUCGAUCGAACGACGUGACAUGCGAUGUCGCGAUUCGACAAUGAUAAACGCCGCAUAACGGAUGCAAUAAUGUAAUGCUGGAACGAGGCAGCGCGUAAUGUCAUAAUAAUAUUAUUAUGGCGAGUAGUCGAAUAUGUUAUUACAAUACACUAUUUAGACGAGCGUGUGUUUGACCUCACCGCGUGUCCAUCGUCGGGUUGGCGGACCUAUUCGCUCCAGCGGUUAACCCCGCCGCGGUCCCAUCAUCCGGCGUAUAACGUUUAACUGGCAUUACUGCAGGCAACCGUUUUAAAAUACACGCGCACACACGCGCGCGCGCGCCCUAUUGUAAAACAUUCGAAACGAUCUAAUGUCGAGGAAAAAAAAAAAAACGACGCGUUCACAAUCAAUUAUAAUACCGUAUUUAGGCUGUCCGUCCACGACCUCUCACGUCCUCUCCCCUCCCCUCCGCACCCCCCCCCCCCCUUCGCCGUUCAACAGCAACUACAGCGGCCGCACGGCCAGACUCUGCGUAAUAGCAGUAAUAAUAGUACCGUAUAAUAUACGAAAUGAAAUAAUAAUAAUAAUAACAACGACGAUAAUAUUAUUAUCGCCGUAAUAUCUCAUUUUCCCGCCUAUGUGUACCUAUAUGUAUGCUUUCCUCCUCCCAUCUCCUACACACCUCCUCCCCCGCACACACACACUCGUUCACUCUCGUCACAGCGUAUUGUUGGUAUAGCAUAAUAUAUAAUAAUAUAACGCCGUAUAGUACCUACACCUCGACACUUCUCCCACGUACAAUUUCGUCCGGCAUCACAUCUAGAGAUUCCGAGGGUCCAUCGCAUAUUAUUAUUAAGUAUGUGUGUAUACAUAUACAUAUUAUUUAAACGGUCGAUUGUUAAUCGUGGGAUAGCGGGACGGAAUAUACGAAACAUACGCGAUGGGACCGACGACGAGAGAUGAUGAUGAUGAGUAAGUGGCGCGUAUAAUAUCCGGGCAAUAUGCGUCACGUCCGGAGGAAAAAGGGUGUAUUACAUGCCGCCGCUAAAAAAAAAAAUAUAUAUAUGUGUAUAAUAUAUACAUUAUAUACACUCGCAUAAAACCCGCAGGCUAAUUAAUUAAUUGUCACGUUUACGUUCUCACGCCAGUUUAAUUGUUCGCUAAAUGUCAUCUCCAAGAAAUUACGCUCACUUUACGCGCGAUGCUGUGCGUGCACGCAACACUGUUAGUCAUAUCAUUGUCAAUUUGUAUGAAUGUAAAAUGUGCCACGCAAAUUUGUAACGGCGUCGGUCUAUUAAAUCCAAUUUCUAACAAAAAGUUAAAUUCGGCGAGAUGUUCAUUAUUGUUAUACUAAUCAAAUAAUGAUUAACAAAUUCCUAAAUUUACACAAUAGGUGCGUUUUGGCGAAACAAAUUUUAAUAAACAGUUUGCUGUUGUUUGCUACUUGAUCGGUUGCUCGCCAAAACGUUUUGUUUACUGUAUAAUAUUUUUUGUUGUAUAAAUGGAUGGAAUGAUUGAAUGAUAGUCCUUAUAAGAAGAUAUUACAUUAGUAACCGAAAGCAGUAAAUGUAGUUUUAAAUUGUUUGCUGAUUUUGGCAACCCGGUUUUCGAAAAGUGCAUUCAGCUAUCAAACAAUUGCAGUAAACUGUGUCGCCAAAAUAGUUUGUUCACUAAACUAGGAACCGGGUUGCUCAAAACUGCAUCGCCGAAACACGCCUAUUAUUAUUAUUAUUAUUAUUAUUAUACAACUAGCUGCUAUUAUAAUAUGUAUACAGUUCAAUUUUGUUUCUACCUAAAAUUAUCGGAUCGGUGUUAAAAAUUUAGAGGACCUUUUUAAAAUCGUGAUAUUUCACACAUCCAUAAUAUAUCCCUUGAAAAUUAAAAUUAAGGAGAAAACAACGACAAUACAGAUAAUGUUCUUAUCUUUAGAUUGUUAAUAGGUCAAUUCACUCUAAUAUUAAAACCUAUAUCACAGGUUGUUUUUGCCGAACGAACAUUUGCUAUGUUACUCGAUUUUAAGAUAGAGAUAGCACUUGCGGGUAUAACGCCCUCUUAAGAAUUUAAUAUACGCCAAUAAAUCGAACACGGAAUAUCAUAAAAAAACGAAUAUUUUUAUUAUUUUAUGUAAAUUGAGUUGCCUAUACAACAUACAACAGGCACACUCGUAGAUAUACACGAAACAACUUUACUAUAUUUAUUCAAAUUGUACAUCUAAGCAUUGAUAAUAAUUAAGUAUCAUUGAUAUAUAUAUAUAAACAAAUAUUGUCUAAAUUCGAUAGGUUUAUAUUUUAUUGAUAUUUUGGUAGCAUUAUUUUGAAAUAUGUUUUAAUCCUAUUGUAUUAGUAAUAUGUUUUAAAUGCACAUGUUUGUUCAAACCACACCUCUAUAAAUACUGAUUAUGGUUGUAAUAUUAUUCAACUGCGAUAUAUUAAACAAUCGCUGUUUACUAUGUCCAAAGUCAAAGGUUUAAAAAUAUCUUUUUGCUCAUAUAUUAAAUUAAGAAUCGCAUUCGAUCUAAAAUAGUUAUUAGCAUUGAUAAUUAAUCAAAAAAAAAAAAGAUUUAAUAUUUAGUUAAAUAAUCUCUUACUGUAUUAUAGUUUUUAUAACGGUUGUAGUUAUAUAACAUACUUUAUUAAUUAAUGAUUAUUAUUUACUGUUAGAUAAAUAAUGUAAAAUAUUAAAAUAUGAUAAAAUUUAGCUUCUCGUUUGACUAUAAAAAGAUAAAAUACUCAAAUCAAAUAUAAAAUAAAAAUGAAAUAUGUGUUUGAAAAUCAUUAAUGUAUUUCAAAAAAUAUUAUAUUAAAAAAUAUAAUUAUUUAUAUUUUAAAAAAAAAAAAUGCUAAAAGUUUCAUUAUAAUUGCGACAAAAGAAUAAUAAUUUUAAAUUAUGUAUGUAUAUUUAUAUUACUUUUAUUAUUUAUUUUAGAUUCGGAGCAUAACGAGGGAGUUAUUAGUUUUACUAAAAUGUUUAUUUUUUUUUCUUUUGGUCUGUGGACACGUUUUUUCCUAGUAAACUUGUUCUACUUUUUACGUGUAACUUUUCUGAAAGCUCAAGUUGUCUAUAUGAUAUUUUAAACGGGUCAUUUUUAGAUUUUCGGCACCAUUUUUAAAACAUAAGCACUUAAGUGAGAAAAACCGUAAGAAUACGUACAAUUUCAUUAUUUUAUAAAAACACGGACGAUGAAAACAUGAAAAAAACCAUAAUACUGAUUAAUCGAAAAAUCAAAAGACAAAUUUUUGUUUCCUCUUUUAUUUAUUUUCUUAUGGUAUCAUCGCCAAAAUUUUUAACUCACUUUUGAGCUUUUAGGAAUUGUAAUUUUUGGGAGUUUUUUUGCUGUAAUUCGUUUAUAAGCAUACGUAGAUACUUAAAACUUGGUAAUAAUACUUAUAUUGGACUUACUUUGAUGUGGUAAAAUUUUCAAAAUCAUCGGUUAAAUUUGUUUACAAUGGUACUUUUUAUUUAUAUAUAUAUAUACUAUAGACCACUUUUAUCCUAGAAAACUUGCUUCGGUGUAAUAAGUGUAGCAGCUUUUCUAAAAGUCAAUUUUAUCUAUUUAGUAAAUACAAAUACAUUUUUUGGUUUUUCAAACUGUAUUUAUAAUAAAAACGAUUAAUCGAGGAAAAAAUUACGAUUUUUUCACGAUUUCGUUAUUUUAAAUAAGUACCUACCACGUUUUCUAGCACAAAUAUUGCUCUAAUUGAAUAACAAUAUGACACCUUUUUUGUUGAAUUGUUAAUCUUGUUUUUAAUGAUGUAGUUCAUUUUUUUUGAUUUUUGAAUUAGUAUUCAUAAUAAUCGAGAAAAAACGUAGGUUAAUUUGAAAAAAAUCACUUCAAAUUAUGUAUUACCGAACUGCGUUCGGAAUCGUCUUUCGGCAGCUAUGGUUUAUCGUUGCUUACAGAUAUAAUUGAAAUAACCUUAUGUAUCCUGCUUCCUAACUAUUCACCUACAACAGUAGCCACACCCGUCCCCAGUAUCAUCACUUUUUUUAUUUUUAUUUUUUUUUACUGUGAACAUUUUUUCUACCAAGAAAUACAUCUUCUUCCGAUGUAUCAAUUAUAGAACUUUUUCUGAACAAAAAUUUAAUUUAAUUAGUACUUUGAACGGGUCAUUUUUUGAUUUUCCAAGCGGUUUUUAUAAUAAUUGGGAAAAAAACGUAGGAAAAACCGGAAAACUUAUGAAAAUAAUGGUUUUAUUAUUUUCAACUUUAUUUUUUGUUAUAAUUCAGUUUAAAAUAUUUGAAGAGACGUAAAAUUCGGACAGAAAACUCAUAAUAAACUCAUAGAAAAUAAUUGGGAGCAGCGGAAACAGUGCAGCUAUUGUUGUAAAUGAGAAGUUGGGAAGUACGAUACGUACUUCCCGGGAAUUGAAUAUAUAUCUGUAUGCAACGAUUAACCGUUGCUAACGUAAAACGACUCUGAAUGGAGUUAAGUUAUUAAUGUUGCUUUGUAAAAUUUACAAAUUAGGUCUUGAUAUUUACAAAUUUUAUCAAAAUGAGUUAUUAAAAUUCCUUUGAAAAAAAUGUUUACAUUAAAUUUAAUUUUUUUAUGACAAAGUACGACUCAUAACGAACCGAAUAAAUAUUACAAAAAAUAUUCGCAAAAUUAAAAUGUCUAUAAAAACUCAAAUAUUUUUAAAAUUUUAUCACAUAAAUAAAAGGCAAAUAUAAUGUUGUCGAAAUUUCAAAUCUUUACAAACAUUAUAAACUGAAUUACAACAAAACAAAAAAACACAAUUUAAAAAUAUAAAAAUAUUGUUUUCGUAAAUUUCCCCGGUUUUCCCAAUUACUGGAAAAAUCAAAAAACUGACCUCGUCAGUCAGAUUCCUUUCAGAAAAAGUGCUUUAAUUCAAAAUGGGAGCAAAAUUACUGGUAGUAAAGUCGUUUACAGAUAAAAAGAAAUAAUAAAUAUCAUUGUAAUACCAAUACAUUCCUCGCUUUUACUCAGAAUCUAAAAUUGUUUUACUAACCAGAAAAAAAACUUAUAUAAAACUAAUAACUUCUUUACUAUACUUAGAAUCUAAAAAAAAAUUUAAAAAAAGACGAAAAAGUGUGGCCACCUUUGCCUUUGACUCAGGGUUGCAGCCCUCACCUUAUCAAACCCUGCUUAUUACAUCAUUAACACCUAAACAAAUCAAACUUGUUAUUCCGUUUUGAAUAAUAUAUUACUUUUGAGUCAUAUUAAAAUGAUUUACUAAAUUCAAAGUAAUUAAUAAAUUUUAUUUUCUAGAACUUUUAAGAAACAAGCAGCGCUAUAAUUUUAUAUUUAUGUUAUUUUUUGUCAUCAUUAUUUUUUGGGGUAAAACCACUGCCUACUUUUAAUUUUCAAACGGUAACAUAUAUUAAAAAUUCCAUAAAUAUAUGGAGUAUUAGUUAAAAUAAAUUUGAGUAUUGAAAUUUUUGAUUUCUCUCUAGCCACUGACGAGAUAUUCCACUUUUAAUUUUUGGUUGGAAAAGAGUAAGUGGUGCAUUAUUAACACGCUGCGCGCCGUACCGCCACACAAAUAAUACUCCACUACUCUUCUCCAACCUAAACUUAAAAGUUCUAGAAAACAAAUUCCAAGAAAAGUUAAUACUUUCCAAGAUAACGUAUAUACCCACUUAAAUGGAUCACUCGGUAUAAUAAGCAUUAAUAUUAUUAUUCUCAUAAUGUACGCCGUACCUUAAGUUAAAUGAACAUUUAAUAUGGUUAGUAUAAGGUUCUACAUACUAAGUAUCUUAAAAUUAUUGUACAACAGCUUAAUUGCCUAAAUUAAUUGACUUCUAGAAUAAAUUAUUAUAGAUAUUUUAUAAAUAAAAAUGUAUAAUAAUAUGUGUACCUAUAUUAUGGUAGUUUCACAUGUGUACUGAAAUAUAUUUUUGGUUGUCGAAACGUUGAAUUCUUGUAAUUUCGCCUCGCUCUAUUGUCAAAUCAAUACAAUGAAUGCCUCCUGGGGUGGAAGAGAAUAUGUGCCUAGAAUUCAUCGAUACGUGAAAAAAAAAAUACUUAGAUUUAUCGGACGUACCUGUAGGUCCAGGUAUUUCGAGGAACUAUCGUAAAAAUGUGUAGUACCUUUUCGAUAAUACACCGAAUUCUUACGGCCUAUUCAAGGACAAACUGGGUGCAUAUCAAUCCAGGUAGAAAUGAAAAAUAAUAAGACUGCAACCUUUCAGCUUAUUUACGGAACUACGACAAUUUUAUAUUUUAAAUUUAAAACACAUACAUCUACGUAUAAUUUAUAUUUUCUUAUCGUUGACUAGCCCAGAGUGUAUUUCUCUACUUUUUCAUCCGGGCAAGUCUGCCCCUGGGUCUGUUAAACUACCAACAGUGAUUAAAGUUAGUGCAGUACGUUUGGGCAUUAAAAUUAAAAAAGUAUACCUUUGUAACUUAUGUUGAAAAAGUAUAUAAAAUGUAUACACAUAUAAAUAUAUAUUAUAUUUUACAAAUAUAAACAUAUAAAGAAAAUAAUUCGUUUCAAAUAAAAUUUGUAUAAUAAUCCAAAAUCAUAUGCCUACUUAAAUCAAAUAAUUAGUAUAUAAUAUAUAAUAUGUAUAAUUAUAUUAAUUAUAUACUUUAUUUCCUUGAUUUCAAAUUUCUAUAAUUUUAGAUUCUGAGUGGAGCGAAGAAUGUAAUGGUUUUACAAAGAUGUUUAUUUUUUUUUUAUGUGAACACUUUUUCUACCAGAAAGCACACUCCGACAUAUACGAUGUAGACUCUUUUCUGAAACGAAAUUUUCUUGGGGUGGAACUUUAGGAAGGUCAUUUUUUGAUUUGCUCAGGAGUUGUCUCAUCAAAUGUGGAAAAAAACGGAAACAUAUUCGAUUUCUUUAAAAUAAUUAGUAUGCUUCUGCGCUACAAUUUAUGUGUGAACAUUUUUUUUUGGGCGGUGGGGGACUUUAUUAAAACAUUUAAAAUUUUACUAUAAUUUUUUAAACAAAUUCAAAAUAGCCAUUUUGUAAAAUAGAUUUUUAGGACAUUUUUAGUGGUUAAAAUUGUUGUUAAAGUAUGGUCUUUUAUUUUCUAUGAUUUUGUGAAUAAUUUUCUUUUCAAUUAUAACAAUAUUAUGUAUCCAUAUAAAUCAUCACUAUUGAUUGAUUGAUACUACCUAAUACCUAUAAUAUGAUAAUAUUAUUGCCUGAUAUUAACUUAUAAAAGAGAAAAGUCCCCUUUCUCUAAAAAAAAAAAAUGUUCAUCUAUAGGUAAACUGUAGCGUUGAGCCAUACAAUUAUUUAAAGAAUAUAUGUAUAUCAAAAAUUUUGAAUACACCAAAAGUUAUUGCAUUUGUCGAAUCCUCGUUGGACAUCCUGUAUAUUAUACGAGGUAUAAUCUCGUAUAUAUAUAUAUAAUUGUAAAACCACUAUCUUCUUCACUUUACUGGGUAAUUAAAUUUAAUGUUAUUUUAGUUAUUUUAUUAUAAAAUAACUAAUAUGUCUUUUCAGCUUUCACUGGGUAGGUAGGCACAGCCCUUGUAAUAAAUUAUUUUAUUAUUUUUUACAAAGAAUGAAAGUAUAUAAUAAUAUUCAAAUGUUAACUUUUAUAAUAAUUCCAAAUAUUCGUAGGUACAUUAUUAUUUAUAAUAGGUAAAUUAAUCGUAUUAUUACAAUAAUGGUACCAUCAAUUGAGGUAACGUUACCGCAGCACCUGUAAGAUGAAAUUGAAUUUUAAGGAUUUUUGAAGGUCAUACAAAACAGGGUACAUAAUAUUGCAUGGUUAAUAUACAUAGUAUGAAUACCAGGGUACUGGGAAAUGUACCUAAUAAUAUUAUCUUAAAAACGGUUCACAUUAUGAAAAAAAACUACAACCUACAAUAAAUAAAAACUUACCCAAAUUGAUAUUUUUUUUUAGAAUUAUUUUAUUUUGUAUGAUUAUUAUUCAUGAAUCACCGAAUCUUGUUUUAGUUUGAAUAUUUUUAUUUUUAAACACUAUAGCCAUUUUCCUUUUUUUUUUUUUUCUUAUUUGAACGGACAGUGAGGGAUCUGUUUUUCACAAUACUUCCUCACUGCUACCAUAACUAUUUCGUAGUUAUUUUACCUACAGAAACCAGAUUUCUACCCGUGGGUAAUCCGUAUUCAUUUUGAGUUUAAAUUCCAAUUAAGCUCUUCUUAAUUAUAAUUUAUGAUUUUGUAUAUGCUUUGUUGUUUUUACCGUUUCAUCCCUAUAGUACUCACUGUAGGGCAUUUGGUUCCCGGGAUUAUGUCAAAAUUAACAUGUGUGCCGGUUUAAAGGAGGCAAUUCAUUAUACUCCAACAAUUCACUACGCUUCUUUUUUUAAGUUAUACCAUUAUAUCGUAAACAUUUUUAUCUUUUUUACAAAUUGGAAUAAAAUCUGAAAUCUAUGAUAGUAAAAUAAUGUGGUAAUAAGAAUGCGUACCUAGUAUACGUAAAUGCGUUGAAAUAAAAAGACGGACAUACUUCGCACGAUAGGUGGGCCACUUGUAGGUGAGAAGUUGGAAAGGUAAUUUAGUGGGGAAAUGUAAUGUAUAUCUAUACUCAACAAUUAACCAUUGCUAACAAAAAAACGAUUCUAAGCGAAGUUCAGUUGACAGUGUUACUUUAUCAAAAAUAUAUAUGUUAUACCUAUAAUGGUAAAAUAAUGACAUAUGCAUUAUAUAUAUUUUUUAUUAAUAUUUGUUUAAUAUUGAACCUAUUUUCCCGUUUUCCUACGUUUUUCCUAGAUUUUUCCAUUUAUUGAGAAAGCUCCUGGGAAAAUAAAAAAAUAACUACAUAAAAUAUUGUUUGGGCCAAAUUUCUCUCACUUUAUAUCGUCUUAAUAAUCGAUAGGCAGAAAAGUGAAGAGAUACCAUUAAUCAUUAUGUGAUGCGUCUGUAUAGUUUAUCAAUACCUAGGUAUACAAUAUUUCAAUAUUAUAGUUUCUGAUUAUCAAUAUAUAAAGGGGGAGAACUGUAUAAUAAAACGUUAUUUACAGAAAAAACAAAAUGAUUAUAGGAAAAUAACGAGAAAUAAAUAUUGGUACUAACGAUUAAAAAUUCAAUGAUAUUGAAAGUAUACCUUUUUUUAGUGUUCAUGAGUUUUCACAUUGAUAUAUUUCGGGCAAUAUUUAUCCAUACCCGUAAUUAAUGUAGUGUAAUAAUGUGUGAUUGUUAAAAAUGAUUUACCUAUAAUCAUUAGUUAUUGGGUUUUAUACUGUAUUAUAAGACAAUGAAAUUAUUUAAAUAUCCGACUCAAAUACAAAGAUGUAGGAUCCAACACUGUGAUUUUAUAAUUAACGAGUAGUUAUAAUAUAAUUAUAAGAAUACGUGUAAAUAAAAAAAAAAUUUUAAUGAACAUUGUUUUUUUUUGUCAAAUUUUCUCCAAAAAUAUAUAUUAUUACACUGUAUUGUCUAUAAAUUUAUCGUAAAUGUAUAUGUAUAUAUAUAUAUAUUAUAUAUUAUACAUACACAUGUUUUUACUGGUACUUUUGGUUCCAUUUAACGGCUCCCUCUUAACCAAAUGAGCUUAAACUCAGGAAUUAUAGUUUUUUUUUUAUAGGCGGAUCUAAGUGAUGAAAUUUUGGUUAAAUUUCAAUAUGAAUUUUACCAUAAUAUUGUUGCGGGAGAAGAGUGUUGUUUUAACUUUGAACAUCCCUACAGAUCUUCCAAAUAAGCAAAAAUGGUACAAUUUUUUAUAUGCAUGAUUUAAAUAUAAAUUAUUUGCCUGUUGGGGUUAUAACUAUCAACCAUUUUUAUUAUAAUAAAAAGGGUCUUAAGCAUAAAAUGAAAAUAUUAUUUGUUCUAUUAUUUUUUAAAUACAAUUACUAAAGGUAGUCUAGUGAAAAAACAAUCGGUAAUUAUCGGAUAAUCUAUAUGUAUUUAGUACGAAUUUUUAAAUUCAAACAUAAAUAAUAAGUUUACUUGAAAAAAAAAGUAUAAACAUUGAUGUUAAGUAACAAUAAUAUGCGUAUAAUAAGUGUAUAUGUAUUUGUGUAACGGGCAUAAUAGUUUGGAUUUAUGCGUGUUGAUGAAUUUUCAUUGAGCUAAAAAAGCAUUAAUAAAUUGCGAUUAAUUAAAUCAUUAAAACACAUAUUAUAUUAUUGACUUUUUAGUGGAAAAAAAUAAAUAUAUCAUAUGCCUAUUUUAUAAUAUCACGAUUCACGGCCUGUCAUAGAUUAUAGAAACAACGAUGUUUUUUUUAAAACAUUACCGUUGCAACAAACAAGUUUUGUUUUUUAUUUAGAAUAAUAUUAUGCAUGCAUAGUAUAUGGAGCUCACACGAUAUUAAAAUAAUAAAGAUUUCAAGGUAACGAGAUACCGGUUACGAAACUCAAAGAAAUAAUAUGUACCUUGUACCUAUAAAAAAAAAAAUCUGUAGGCCCCAAAAAGAUGGAAUUUCAACACGUUUAUAGGUAUUUUUUUUUCAGUUUUUUUUUUUUUUUUUUCGGUAACCGGACGAGGAAUGUCUUUCUCUCUAACCUAACCAUACCUACCUAACCUGCCUACCUACCUACUUACGGUCGACAGCGGCAGCGCGGAAAAGGGAAUCAAUUCCGAACAUCUGAAUCUUUCACCCGCUUCCCUCCCAACCCACAUACGCACACACCCGAAAGAGCGACAUCGUUCCCGUAGUUCCAUAUUAUAUACGAAGCAUAAUGCCUAUACAAAUUUUAUUUAUUUUUUUUUAUAUAUGUAUACACUUAUGUACAGGGUGUAACUGGACUAUUUGACAUUUUCACAUGCAACUACAAUGUAAAAAUGUCAAAUAGUCCUGCUACAUCCUGUAUAUAUAUAUAUAUAUGUAUAUGAUAAUAUAAUAUAUCUGUAUGUAUCAAGUAGACAUUUAUUCGCAGCACGAUGAUAGUAACAAUAAUUGUACUAGCUUCCUUCAUCACCACUACCACCGGCCGCGCCAAAACCUGUUGCGACCGAGGGCGGGACAAGCCGACGCGAUUCAUCGCGCGCUGCUGGACGCAAAACCGUAAGCACACACGUCUAGCUCACAGCGCCGGCGUUUUAGUAACGUGUAGUUCGGGUUUACGUCGAGUUCUUAUUGUGUCUGUAGACCGUGUGCUCGCGCGCGCGUAUGUAUGUGUGUGUAUGUGUGUGUGUGUGUGUGUGAACGCUGUACGAUCUCUUGUCUGGAUCGGGUUUUCAGUACCUAAAUAAUAAUAAUAAUAACAAUAUUAUUUAUUAUCCAACUUGCGCCGGGAGUAGAAACGAACAGAAAAACAAACAAAAACACAACAACGGCAUCUUGUUAUAACACACGUACUUAUAUCAAUCGUUGUUGCGGUUACAGUACCUAUUGCAGGGUAGGUUUCGAUAUUAUAAUAUUUUUGUACUCGUAUAAUUAGUAAUUAUUAUUGGUAAACUUUUGUAAUAUCAUUAUUUGUAAUCUUGUCGUGUCGUCGGAAAAUAUCAUCGUGUAUUGUGUAGUCGAUAUUAUACUCCUAUAUAGCCUAUAGGUACCUAACGAUAAGUGUAUCGUUACGCGGACACUGCAUCGUAAACGCGCUUUUUUUUUUUUCAAUAUAUGUGUGUCCAGUAGUGAGUAAACAUGUAAGUAUGAUAUUUCUUUUUAAAAAAAAAAAAAAACUACUACACACACACUCGUAUUAUAUAAAAUAAUAUUUUUUAAAAAAAAUAACAUUAUUUAUCGAAUUUUUUUCACUACCUACGUAGUCGUAUAUUACACCAUAUAUACCUCUUAAGUGGUACGUGUUGUAUCAUCCGGUGCGAUAACUUCGUACAUUUACACAUAAUAUGACAUCGUUUAAAUAAUAUAAUAUAUUAUAAUGUUCUUUAUUAGGAAAUAUUAUUAUAGUAAAAAAAAAAAAGUACAUGGUUUCGAAUUUGUUUAAAUUAUAUUGUCCUUCAUCGGUACACGACAAAGUUAAUUGAAUUAACAUUAUGAUAUUAGUUGGUAGAUAUAUAUAUAUAUAUAUAUAUUGUAUAUACAUAAUAAACUGAAGUCAAUUAUAUAAAUGUUGUAAAGUUAUAUACAUAUAGGUACCUAUGCAGAAUGUUUCAACUAUAAUACCAUUGUCCCUAAAAUAUUAUAUUUAACUAGAAUACACUGUAGUAUUUGAAAUGCAAUAAUUAUAUUAUCAUGAGCUGUAUAUUCAAAUACAGAACUAUAUACAUAUAUACCUAAUGUAUAUAAAUUAUAAUCAAUUGAUGUGUUUUUUAACUUAAACAUAAUACGUUUGCAUGCAAUUAUUUAUUUAAUUUUUUAAAGAAUAUCUAUAAACAAUAACUGCAACAUUGUAUUUUAUUCGUAAAAUUAAAAGUUUAUAACUCCCUUUUUAUGUAAUAAACUGACAAAUCACUGCACGGGCUAAAUAUAUAGGUACAGAUUUCUUAUUCAUUCGACAUUUCAUUAUAUAUCUACCUACUUCCCUAAUGAUUUUUCUGGAAAAAGUAAAACGAUAUCGUCAUCUAUCUAUAAAUUAUAAGUGUAUAGGUAGAUAAUUUAUUAAUUAACUAGCGGAGGAGUGUUGUAUUCAACGAAAAUACAAAUACCGUGCAUUAUUAGCAUGAUGUACAACCAUCAUUUAGAUGGUUAUGAACAUUUUAAAACCAAACGAAUUUGAUUAGUAUAAUUCAAUCUAUAUUGACAUUUUGUGAAUAUGGGAGGGCAAACAACUAAUAUGUACCAGAAUAUUUGAAAUAAUAGCAAACUAAUACCACAGAUUAAAAUGUUCAUAAUUAUAUAUUAAUUAUAUGUAUAUUGUAUCUAUACUAAUAAAUACUAUAGAAUUUACUUACUAAUUCAUAUGAAAUAUCAAUCUUUGCACCAUGUUGAAACUCGUAUGUAUUUAAACGAAUAGACAAAUAAUCAGAUGUAUUGGAUGUUUUAAAAUAUAUUUAAAAUAGGUAACAUGAUUAUGUUUGUUUGGUCUGAUAGGUAUCUAUUUUUCUCAAUAAUAAUAUAUAAAUUAUAGGUAUAUAGUGUAACUUUUUAUACAUUUCACAUUUUAUCAUAUUUUACAUUGAAAUUUUAACGAACAUAUUAUGUAAUAUUUAGGUAGUCAUAUUUUUCGUCUUUCGGAUGAAAAUAUUAAUGAAUACUAGUUAAUUUUUCUUUUAGAAUGUGUAUUCGUUUAAAUUAGGUUUAAAUGAUUUUCGAAUAAUGUAAAAUGGAUUCAAAUUCAUUGUCGGUUUUCUUCAACUUGCAUCAUAAACGUGAUAGUAUGCGUUUAAAAUACUAUAAUAAGAUUACCCAUGCAUAUAUUUCUAUUUUUACUAUUCAUUUUUCAUAAAACAAAUAAAAAUAAUCUAUUUUAUAACGAAUAAAUUCUAAACUCCUAUUAUAUUAUGUAUUAGGUACCAAUACAAUGAAAAUACAUUUUUCUGUGUGUGACGUGUUAUAAUUGAAUAUUCUGUUAGUAAACUAGUCACGUAAAUUUAGUAGACGAAAUAAAAAUUUCACUCGAGCAAUAACUAUUCAUUUAGAUUUAAGGAUAACUGUUAUUGGUUGAUUUAAUUUUUCUAUCCUAUUACAUUUCAUUUAUUUUUACACUCACACUAGUCGCAUUUCUUAUAUUAAAUAAUAUUACUCCCGAUUCCGUUAGAUACUUACAAAAUAAUGUUAAUUCAAUGAUUAAUAUUUAUAUUUUUCAAAAUUUCAACAUCUAAAAGAUUUUCUUAAAUUAUUUUGUACUUUCUAAUAAUAUUGCAGUAGGUACGAAAUGACUAAUAUCGCUAUUGUAGGUAUUAAACAAUAUUGUAAUUCCUCGACAUUAUAAUCAUUCUGUAUAGUUAAUAUAUUGCAUUUCACUCAUGGGUAGGUAUUUAAAUAUGAUUUAUCAAAUUAUCUAUUCAUAGAUGUAUGUAAAAUAUCAAUAUUUUAAAGUUUAAACAAGUGUGAAAUGAAAAAACUAUAUUAGUGGAAUCUAAAGAUUAAAAGACGAUAAAUAUCCAUCGUUAAGUAUUUAAGUUUACAAUUUAAAAAUUUAAAAAACAAUUUAUUUAGUUGUUUUUUGUUUUAUGAACGAAUUUAAAAGGUAAAACUUCUUGAAUUAUAUACAGCUCAAGUCGUUUUUUUUCAAGUCAUUUCUAUGAAAAUUACCGUAAUCUUAUAAAUAACAAAUUACUAAACCUAAACAUUUCCUUGUGAAAAUGUAUUUUAGUUAUUUGUGAAAAAUUUUAAAGGCGCUCAUUUGACCAUUUUCCAAGUACAUAAUAAUUUUCCUUACUUAAUUUUUGUUAUUAAAUAAGUGCCUACUCGUAAUACUAUUUUAGAAUUAACUACUUUAUUUGUAAUUGCGCUUUUACUUAAUGAUGGAUUUCAAGAAUCUGUUUCGAUUUAUAGUAGAUAAAAAGAUGAUGAAAAGAUAAUAUACUUCUUAUUUAUAAUGAGUACGAUAGUGAUUUUAUCCACGAUUGGUUCAUAUUUGAUUAUUAUUUGCCUAAUGAUGUAUAAAAAAUAUUAAAAAAGCAAUUAUUAUAACAUAUUCCAAUAUAUGGUUAUCAUAAUAAUUUUUUUAUUUAAUUGAGGAACAGUAGCUGUAUGUGAAUAAAAUUUAAGGGGGUACUUAACUUUUGUGUAACUAUUAUUUAUAUUAUAUAUUUUUACUUGAAGUAUUAAUAUUUAUUCAAUUGCGUAUCCAAAUAACUUAGUUUUUUAGUUUAUAUCUUUCAUCAUACUUAAAUUAAUGAAAAUUAUUGUCAAUUCAUCUAAUGUACAAUAUUUUAAUUCCAUAUUUUUAAUAAAAAACGAGGCAAAUUUACGACGUACUUCACAAAUGUACGUAAUGAAUACGGAAUAACGUGCCGCUUGGUGGCAGAGACUAGUCUCGUGGAAAUACGGAAUCCAUAUAAAAAACAUUAUCACUGUUAACCAUUAUCACCCCCCCCCCCCCCACACACACACACUAAAUUUUUAUUUACCUUUUAUCUUUCUGGGAGGGGUUCCUGAAAAAUCAUAAGUAUUUAUAAGGUAUCUCUAUAAAUAGAUGCCUCUUUUUUGGACGAAAUUUUAUUGAAAUUAUAUUGGUGUUCACACAACGAUGGAGACAAUACAAUAUACAUAUAUAUUAAAAAUAGUUGAAAAUAUUACUAAAAAAACAAAUUUUUGUUUUGCUAUGUUAUAAUUAUUAGGGAGACGCCGUCUCAAAGUUUCCCUUGACACACCACCCCUGUUGAGUAAGUAUUUAACGACUCAAUAUUCACAAAAUAGUAAACAGAUAUUUUUAAAUCAGUACCCACCUAGUAUGAUUGCAUUUAUUUUUAAUUGUGAAUAUAGAUACUUAAAUUAAUUUGUAGCUCUUCCAUUAUAAUAAUAUACCAAAAUUAGAUUAAAUAUUACGAUAAAAACUAAAAAUAUGUAAAUAUAUUCACAAAAAUAAGGAUAUAUUAUAUCGUGUUAUAUGCGUAUUAUUUCUCGUUUUUAAUAGAUAAAAUGGUGCAUAAAUUAUAAAUAUAAACAUAUAUUUAUUAUCGUAAUUCGUAAUAUCAUAGAUAUUUUGUAAGUUAUAGAUGUAUCUAUGUGUGAUCAAAACGAACGUUGGAUUAAUUAGUUUUACGAAUUACAAUUGAGAUUAAAUUAUUGUGUUAUAAUUAUAUUAAUGCAGAUUAUAUUUUACUUCGAUGUGUCUAUACUUUUCGUAAAAUUAAUUCAAUAUUCGUUUUGAUCACACAUGAAUACAUCAAUACUUAUAAAGUACCUAUGGUAUUACGAUAAUAAAUAUAUUUGUGUAAUUAAAAUUUAUACACCACUAUAUCUAAUAUAAACAAUAUAUUAUAAUAUUAUAUUCUAAAUAGAUAUUAUUUGAACAAUAUUGAAUAAAUCUGAACCCAUAUUAUAUAAUGUACCUAUCUAUUUAUUUUUUUAGUUUUCUUGUUCUAAUAAACUUUUAAACACGGGUUCCAUCAAAGUAUAGCAUAAGUACUUAUGUAGAUAUAGAUUCAUUAAAUCACAACCGGUUUCCAUCUAUCAUGUAGGUUAUUAAGGUCACGGACGGAUAGAUGCGUAUAGUUGUUUGGAACAUAUUUAUUUGUGUUAACUAUCAAAGAGAGAGAGGGUUAUAUAUAUUUUAUGAACUAAAAUAUGAUAAUUUUUUAUAGAAAAAAAUACUAAUAAUGUUUCGUUUUAUUGAUUAUAAUAUAUGUAUUUAUUUUAUGUUUUCAAUAGAUCACCUCUUAAGCCUUCGAAAACUGAUCAAGGACGUAAUACAAUGAGUACUUCCAGGAGACAAAGCAAAGAAAAAAAUGUAGAAUCAUGUUUUUCUCAUAAUUUGCUAACCAUAUUAACAAUAGCUUCUGUAUUCGGUGGUGUACUUUUAGGAUUUAUUUUAAAAGGAUCUAAAACAGAGUGAGUAAUGUUGUAAUAUUAUAUAGUACAUAAUUUUAAAUCCAUUGUAUAGGUAGAUACAUCAAAUCAAAACUAUUUGUGAAUUUUGCAUGGUCAUUUAUUUGGAAAAUUAAACACGAAAUACAUGUUCAGAUAUGGCUCAUUAUUUAAAUAAUUAAUAUUGAUUUUAUUAUAAAACUCAUAAAGACAUAAACUACAUGUAUUAUUAUUUAUUGUAUAAAUCUGAUUAUUAAAUAGUACAUAUAUCAUAACAUAAUAAUCAAAAUAACUUUACAAACGUGUCAUUUGCGUAACUUGAAAGUUCUAUUAUACCUAUGUUUGUACCUAGCAUACCUAUUCUUUUAAAAUAUCUCUUGUGGAUUUUUUUAGAUUGAGAUUUUUAGUUUAUUUAACGAGCACACUGUAGACACAAUCAAUUAUUUGAAUUUUUGUAUAUACAAACAAAAUGCAUGUAAACUAAGAUAAUAAUUUUAUAAUACAGAUAUUUCAUAAAAGUAGAAAUAAAUUUAUAACAAAAAUAAUCGUUUGAGUGGUUUUAAAUCGACUAGAUUUUGAAAUGAUUUCUCAAGAAAUUAUAGAGUUCAUAGAAAAAUACAUAAUAAACUUAAUACAGAUUAGAUAAAUACCAUGCAAAACUUAACACAGAUUAGAUAAAUAUCAUACAAAAUGACAGAUUUUAUUAUAAUAUUAAAUUUCAUUUAUUAUAUUUGAGUGAAUAUAUAUGUUACAUACUCACAUUCUAAACGUUAAGAAUGUACCGUAUUUCGCUUUAGGACAACUAUUAUGUAAUUAUUUUUAAAAACAUUUUAUCCAACAAUAAUAUUAUAUUAAGUAAUAUAUGAUUUAAAUAUUUUAAACUUAGUGGCCAACUAUACUUAGUUUUAUUUUUAUUUAGUAUACCUAAUACAUUAUUAAUAUGAUGUAUAGGUAUAAUAUGAUAUAUCGCCAACGAGGUAAUUUACGCAAUGAUAAUCGUCUUAAUCAAAUCAAUUAUUCACAACUGAAAUCGAUCAUUUUAAAAUUUCAACAUUUCACCAAAUACUGCCUAUUUGUGUAGCCUAUAUUAUAGUACGAGUAUUAUGUAAUUUUUAAUUGAAAAUAUUUCUAGAUGGACAAAACGCGAAAUAACUUAUGUUCAAUUUCCUGGGGAUAUUUUCUUACGCAUGUUGAAAAUGUUAAUCGUUCCGUUAUUGGUAUCAUCAAUCAUAUCAGCUAUUGGAUCGCUGGAUUUGUCUCUAUCUAAGAAAAUUGGCUUCCAAUCGAUUGCCUAUUAUGCAGCCACCACGUCUAUGGCGGUUUUACAGGGCAUAUUCUGGGUGAUGUUAAUACACCCGGGAAAAAUUAUGAGAGACGAUGAAAAAAUGGCAAGCGUACAUCAAGAAACUAGACCAAUCACGACUGUCGAUACAAUAUUAGACUUAAUAAGGUUGGUUAAUAAUAUUCAAUAAUGACAUAUCUACCUAAUCAUAAGGGACGUCCAUAAAGUUUAAAUAAUUUUACAACUUUAAAUUGGGUUUGAAAAUUUUAAAUUUGCAUGGUUUGUAUACAAAUGUAAAUACACAAGUCCAUACUAAAUGCAAUACAUAAUUUAUAAUUAGGUAGAUUUAUUUCUGGUUGUACAUUUACCUGGUAAAUAUAUUUAAAAAAUGUACAAAGUUAAACUGUCUAUAUGUUUAAUUAUUUAUUGUGAAGCAUAUAGACAAUUGUUACUUAUCAUUGAACACAAAGUAAAGAUAUGAAAUUAGAUACAUAUUAUGCAUAUUCAAUAUACAUAGGUACAAGUACAUAUACUUAAAAACAAUAGGUAAUAGGAACUAGGAAGUGAUACUCUUUAUUUACCUUCUAAUUUCUAUUUAUGUUUAUGAAAUAAAGUUAUAUAUUUUCUCUGAUUCACAUUAAUGUGUAUAAGUACUGACAUAAUAAACUAAUAAAAUAUUGUACAAAUAAUAAUAUCAAUCAACUAUUUUAUAGAAAUAUAUUUCCAGCCAAUCUGGUUGAAGCAACUAUAUCCACCGUAAGUAUAAAUUUUAAAAUAUUUAUAUGAUAACCAAUUUAUUAUCAUUCAUUUUAUUUUACAAUUUAUAGUAUAGAACAGUGCUUAUCAAGCCAAAUGUAAACACCACUGCCAUAAACUCGACGGGUAAAAAACUAAUUUUAAUUUUGAUCUCUGUUUAUUUUAUAUUAAUUAUUUACCCCUUUAAUAUAAUUUGAGUACUGUUUGGUUAUAGUACAUUCUGAUCUAACGUUAUGGAAAAUAGAAUCAGAGAUGGUUGAAGGCUCAAACGUCCUUGGGUUAGUCGCAUUUUCGGUGGCUUUUGGUAUAUGCAUUGGAAAAUUGGGACCCGUUGGAAAACCACUAUUGGCGUUUUUCGACAGUUUAGGCGAAGCCGUUAUGUUAAUGACUAACUGGGUGAUAUGGUAAAUAUAAAGAUAGUUUAAAAUGCGUAAAAUAAAUUAAAUAUAAACUUCAAAAUCAUUAAUUUUAAUUUCAGGUUGUCGCCAAUGGGUGUAUUAUUUUUAGUUGCAUCUAAAGUAUUAGAAUUGGACGAUUUCGGUGUAAUUGUUGGUAGAUUGGGAAUGUACUUUAUAACAGUAGUUUUUGGAUUAUUUGUACACGGAUUUGUUCUGCUACCCCUUAUGUACAGUGUAUUCACACGUCAACUUCCCUUCAAAUUUACAUUGAACAUGGGUCAAGCUAUAAUAACAGCAUUUGGAACAGCUUCCAGGUAAAUAUACUAUAAUAACACAAUCUCAGUUUCUAACACAAGAUACCUUCUAAAUAUAUCACAUUUUAUAGUAUACACCCACUACUUAAUUAAAGUUGUUUAACGAUCAAUUUGGAUGAUAAUAUGUAUUUUUAGUUCUGCAUCUUUACCAAUUUCAAUGGCCUGUCUUGAAGAAAACAAUAAAAUAGAUGUAAGAGUUUCACGAUUUGUAAUGCCUAUUGGAGCGACAAUUAAUAUGGAUGGAACAGCUCUGUAUGAAGCUGUGGCCGCUAUUUUCAUAGCACAACUGAAAGGAAUAGAAUUAAGUUUUGGACAAAUCGCUGCUGUAAGGUGUGUAUCCAUUCAUAGGUUUGGAAAAUCAAUAUUGCUCAUUUAUUUACAAACUAUAAUAUUCAAAUACUAAAAGUAAUAAUAAUUAAAUUCGAACGUAAUACACUCGUGGUAACUUAACCGUUUUAUCGGUUUAUUAAAGGUAGGGAUAGGGAAUCUAUCAGUAUCGGGUGAAAUACUGUCAGUGUACCAAAAUAUAUACAUAUAUAUUUUAAAUUAAGUGUCUAAAAUAAUACCUACAACUUAAUACUAAAAACUAGAACAUAGAAAUUUAAAAUCUAUUAUUAUAACAGCAUAAUAUUACCAUUGAUAUAUGUAGGUGUAUAGUUUCAUUUUAACUUUUUCUGUUUUAGUGUGACUGCUACUAUGGCUUCAAUAGGAGCCGCUGGAAUACCCCAAGCAGGUUUAGUUACAAUGGUUAUGGUGUUGGACACACUUGGGCUACCGGCUGACGACGUGUCAUUGAUUAUUGCUGUAGAUUGGUUACUGUAAGUUACCUAUUUUACAAUAAAUAGAAUAAUUACUGUCCUAAUGUCCUAAUGAUUAAUAUAGCAUGGCAGAAAAUCACAGCUAGAGUGUUAUUAUAAUAAUACUUAUUUCAGAAAAUUAAAAUGCAUAGUUAUCUUUGGUAUAUUUUUGCAACCUUGUAUGUGUUUUUGGUGAAUACUACUAAAAUUAAUAAUUUGUGCAUUAGGUAAUAUUUUAUAAAAAGGAUUCGAGAUUUUUUGUUUAAAUCCCACAUUAAAAUAUAUAUUUAAAUUUUUAUAUGUAUAAUAUAUAUAUUUUAUAUGCUACUCCCAAUAUUUAAAGAAUUAUGUGAUAAUGCACACAAUUUUAAGAACAAUUUGUAAUAAUAAUUUUGUUUAAGUUUUUUAAAAGUAUUGUGUACAAUGUGUAUAUUAACACUCUUAAUUAUUCAUAUAUCACCUUACAUUUUUCUUUUUUAGGGACCGGUUCCGAACAACUGUUAAUGUACUUGGAGAUGCUUAUGGGGCUGGAAUAGUAGCAAAAUUGGCAGAAAAUGACUUGGAGUUAAUGUCCAAUGAAUCAGCAGUGGAAAGUGGAAAAGUCCCUGAUGAUGAGUGGCAUACAACAUCGAUGUAGAAACAAUAACAGUUUAUUUUGUUUUUAAAAUGUAACUAUACAUUUUAAAUUUCGUUCUAUCCUAGAACAUAUUUUUAACUUAAUUUUAAUAAGAGUGUACCGCCAUUUUAUUAUUAACCCAAUAUUAUAAAUUAUUAUACUGAUAUUAAUGAAAUCCAAUCAAAUUAGUUUUAGAUUUAAUUAUUACAUAUUUAUGUUGAUCAUUGUAAUGCAUUAUAUUAUAAUAUAGUAAAUAUAUAAAUUUAUUAUUAUUAGGACAUUUUCACAAUACACACUUUUACUAUGAUUCAAAAAAUUAUUGUAAAUACUCAAAUGAAAUUAAACUUACUUUUGUAAUAAGUGCCUACAUCUAAUCUAAGACUUCAGAAUUUUUCGAAUUAAGUUAAAAUUUAUUAUUUAAAGCCCAAAUAUAUUCUGCCUUGUCACUUGUAUUGUCACUCAUUUUUUUUUUUUUUUUACAAAAAAAUAAUGUACCUAUUUGUGUUUAAAUAUUCAUACUUAAUACUGUUAUAAAUUUAAUGUUAUAGAGUACAUAUUAUACAUUUAUACCUAAUAAAUCUUUGCACCAAAAAGACUCAUUCAUCUCUUAUUAUACAUAAUAUAUGUAUUCAUUACUCUUAUUAACAAAAUUUAUGUUUACAUAUUUGAUAUUGGAUUUCUAUCAUUAUUUAUUAUAUAAUAUACAUAUGCAUAGCUAAUAUUAUUCAACAAUAAUACAUUUAUUAUUUUAGAAUGUAACAUAUCAUUUUUAUUUUUAAUCAUAAAUUAUAAUAAUUUAUUAAGAAAACAUAUUUUAAUUUUAGUUUAUGUAGGUACAAUGAUAAAUUACAAUACUUAAUUUUAGAAACAUUAUUUUAUGUUUCCCUCCAUACUCUAAACUAUUCCAACUUUAUUUUUGUUAGAUUUUACUCCAUUUAAUUAGGUAGGUAUGCAAUUAAAAAUAAUAAUGUACCUAUGAUAUUGUUUUUGUACACUUAGGUGAUUAAUUUAUUAUUUUUAACAGAUCAUCUAAUAGUAUAGGUAUCUAUAUUCCACGUUUUUAUUAUAUAUUAUUAUAUAUUUUAUUUUUUAUAUAUUAUAAAUUACAGUUAUAUAUAAAUCAUAAUAUAAUGCUGAUUGACUAAUGGAUCUUAAUCAAACAUAAUAAGAAUGUUAAGUAUUUUAGAUCAUUAAUUUACUAACAAAUUACAAUUAUAGUCUAUUAUAGUUUUAUAUAAUUUACAUGUCAUUGUUAGUUUAAUGUAAAUUGUAUAAUUGAUCAAUUUGUGAACCUAAAUUAGACAGAGUAUCUCUACACUUAUGUGUUCAAGUUAAUAAUUAAAAUAAAUACACUUUAAUAAUAAUAUUAUAACAAAUAAUUAUUUUAUUUUCAUCAAAUUAAGUUAUAUA